UCUCAGCGCUUGCAAACUCCUUAACGAUGCAAAUAUUCUUUCUUCAUUGGAAUCUCCGGCGAAGGAUUCUUAAUUGGUUUUGACAAUUUCCCUUUCAAGUUUAUCUAAUCAGGAUCGAGGAAUUAAACUAUCCCACUAAACCUAGCUUGACAGUACAUAAGAACCUCUGCUCAUGCUGCGAUUUGCAAUUCCACCCACUCCAAUGGAUUAUUUGCCCAUAGUCGUGGCACUCGUCGUCACCGCCUCGUCCAUAGCCAUCUACCACUUCACCAGAGCCAAGAAACCAUGUCCGGCCAACCUGCCACCGGGCUCCCUCGGCCUCCCGGUGAUCGGCCAGAGCCUCGCCCUACUCCGAGCCAUGCGCGGCGACGGUGGCAGCCGGUGGAUACGGGAGAGGAUCGAAAGGUACGGGCCGGUGUCAAAGCUGUCGCUGUUCGGCACGCCGACGGUGCUCCUGGCGGGGCCGGCGGCCAACAAGUUCAUGUUCUUCAACAGCGCGCUGUCGACGCAGCAGCCCCGGUCCGUCCAGCGGAUACUCGGGGAGAAGAGCAUACUGUACCUCCACGGCGCCGAACACCGGCGCGUCCGCGGCGCGCUGCUGGAGUUCCUCAGGCCGGACAUGCUCAAGAUGUACGUGGGCAGGAUCGACGGUGAGGUGCGGCGCCACCUCGAGGAGAACUGGGCCGGACGGGCGACCGUGACGGUGCUGCCGCUGAUGAAGCGGCUGACGUUUGACAUCAUCUCGGCGCUGCUCUUUGGCCUCGAGAGGGGUGCCACGCGGGACGCCCUUGCCGGCGACUUCGUGCGCAUGAUCGAAGGAAUGUGGGCCAUCCCGGUGAACCUGCCGUUCACGGCGUUCAGCCGGAGCCUCAAGGCCAGCGGCAUGGCUCGCCGGGUGCUCGAGGGGCUCACGCGGGAGAAGAAGGCUAGACAGAUGGAGCACGGCAAGGCGUCGUCCAACAACAACGACCUCAUCACCUGCCUGCUCAGCCUGACGGAUGACCAUGGCGAUCGGUUGCUGACCGAUGAGGAGAUUGUGGACAACUCCAUGGUCGCCCUUAUCGCUGGCCACGACACCUCGUCCAUCCUUAUGGCGUUCAUGGUCCGCCAACUCGCCAACGAUCCGGUCACUCUAGCUGCCAUGGUCCAAGAGCAUGAAGAGAUUGUCAAGAACAAGGCUGAAGGAGAGGCUCUGACCUGGGAAGACCUGACGAAGAUGAAGUUCACAUGGCGAGUCGCGCAAGAAACACUUCGCAUCGUCCCUCCGGUCUUCGGCAACUUCAGAAGAGCACUCGAGGACAUCGAAUUCGAUGGCUACUUCAUCCCAAAAGGAUGGCAGGUGUUUUGGACGGCAAACGUGACGCACAUGGACGCAAGUAUCUUCCACGAGCCGGCCAAGUUUGACCCAUCCCGGUUUGAGAACAAAGCAGUGUCAACGACACCACCAUGCUCCUUUGUCGCCUUUGGCGGUGGCCCUAGAAUAUGCCCUGGAAUAGAGUUUUCCAGGAUCGAAACGCUGGUGACGAUGCACCACCUGGUGAGGCAGUUCAGAUGGAAGCUCUGCUGCAAGGAGAACACUUUCGUGAGGAAUCCCAUGCCAUCGCCGCUGCAUGGCCUGCCAAUCAAAAUCGAGCACAUAUCCUCUCCUUGAUCGCCACCAAAUUUCACAGAUAUCUAAGUAUAAAGUAUAAUGGCCAGUCACAUUACAGCAUUGCAUGGGAGGGAUAAAUGGAAAUGUAGCUGGGGCUGGACGCUUUGGAAGCAAGGGAACGCCCGGGUAUUUGGGAACUUGGAUAGACAACUUUCCACACAGUCCUCGAGGAGUUUAGCCUUUGGGGGGCUGCGAGGGGAGGAGAGCGGAGAGUGAUGCUGCGAGAGUAGGCGUGAGUCCUGGG